UUGAUUUUAUUAUUUUACGGAGGCCACGGCAGAAAGUUACAGAGCCCGAUAGGUUAUCAGUUAUUAAAAAACAAAACAAACAGGACUUGUCAGCGGACAGUUACAAGAUUGGCAGUUCCAGCAUGAGGCAUCUCUUUAGAUUCCGCUGUGCCCUGUCCAGUAGGAGGUGGAUACAGCUAAUAUUUGAGGAUCCUAAAUCGUCAAGAUGUCCUGAAGCACAUUUGUACAGUACUGUUACAUGGUAUCACAGCUACCUGCAAAAGGCAAGCCCCAAAUACAGACAGGAGAAGAAAAUCCAGAGAGUUAAUAUCCUCCAGGAUCCAGGGAUACCCAUAGUGGACAGGCUGUCCCGAAAUGAAUUAAUUGAGCUGCUGAAAAAUAGUAUAGUCUACAGAGAAGGUGCUUUAUUGGCUCUCAGCAAACCAUGUGGAUUGUCCAUAACAGGUCAAGAACCUUCUCUGAAUACCUUGCUUCCUGACUUGCGGAAAGCACUCUGUUUAUCUGAGACACCUCAUAUAGUAACAGCAGCCCAAAGAGAUCUUUCGGGACUGGUCCUUUUGUCCAACUGCCAUCAGACCACCAGAAUAAUUGAGGCGGCCAUUCUCCAAGCCAGGAAGGCACAGAUACCUGUUGCCACUUAUUGGGCUGUUACAGUGGGUACCUUGCAUCCUUCUGAAGGAGAAAUCAAGAUGCCUCUAAAGAUUUCCAGAAUUCAUGAGCGUCAGCUGGUCAUACCUGCACCUGACCCUGCUCCUGGAAACCUGCAGAGAAAGGAAGUCAAGAAAGCAGUCACACGCUACCGGGUGUUGGAUUCAGCAGAAGGCUGCUCCUUGGUUCAACUCCAGCCACUCUCCACUUUUCAAGAUCAGCUCCGUGUCCAUUUAUCUGUCAAACUGAGCCCAGCACUGGGGGACCAUGUCUAUUCAUCGCGGGUUGGAUGCAUCUUGGGGGUACCCAUCUCUUUACCUGUGGAUAGUGUUGAGCCCCAUCCCCAGGUCUUACAGGAAAAGCUACUGAGAAAAAUGCAUCUGACACAGCAGCAGAUGCACCAAGUACCUCUACACUUGCACUUGCAAAGCCUACAAAUUCCAGGAAAGAACAAGGAGCUGUCACCCAUCACUGUGACUGCCAAUCCCCCACAAUACUUUGUUAAAACUCUAAGACUGCUGGGUUUAACCUCUUCAUAAAAUCCAAGUUACUUUUCCAACUACAGAGUUCAAUAUCACUGAGUUUGGAGAUUGACUUUACAGUUUUUAAUUGUAUGGUUCACUUACCUGGAGCAAUAACUUGACACCAAGUUAGACGUACUUAAUGGAUGAAAUGUGAGGAGAGCUUAGGGAUAGCGUUGGGUAGUUUGGAAUGUCUGUAUCAGUCAAAGCAGAAGACUGGACACCAAAUUCAAACUAAUCCUGAGUGUCCUCUCAACUAAUUCCUGUCCUGCAGAGGUGCCAGUGUGUGGCCCUGUGGUUAAAGGGUUUGAUAAGCAGAGUGUUCCACCUCAAAUCACUGGUUUGCAUCUGACUUCUGCUUCAAAGGGACAAAUAAAAAUCACUAGGAAGUUUCAUUUUUAUGUUCCUUUUUGGUUGAGUUAUGUUUAGCUGUCAAUGUACUUGUACUAUUUAAAAUAAAACAAGAAGCUAAUAGAAGAUAUUAGGCUUUUAGCAUGUCAUACUGCCAUUUGCUGAAAGGUGGUCAAAGUCAAGUAAGUAAUUCAAGUAGAAUUAUUGCUUUACAGUGUAUUUAUUAAUCUAUUUUACAUUUCAACCCGUACAAUUUCAUGGCUGGAACUGUGAAGUAGCACAAUAAUUUGCUUAGAGUAAUUUGUGAAGUCCAUCCAUUUCUUAGACGCAUAUUUUCUAUUCAGCUGCUCUUGGAUAUAAGCAAGGUCAGACGUGUGUUCUGUGGAACAUGUGCAGUUAGUUAGUAUCUGUUAUCAGAAGGACUGCUUUACUGAGAAGUUAGGGCUAUAACCUUCCUGUCUCAUCUGCUGGCAAUAGCAGAGUAAAAACAAUAAUACAGUUUAAGAUUCCACAUUUUUUUUGCAAUAGUUUCUUUACAACAAAACUAUGAGGAUUCCUGUAAUGUACCACAAAGAUAUUUACAAGAUAGGAGCGAAAAACUAAAGAGGAAAAAUUACACCGAAGAAUUCCUCGGAUAAGCUUCUGUCUAGGAUUUUCUGUUGUGAAAAGAUCCAAAAGAGUCAGACUUUGUUCUUUUGUUCAUUUUAAAAUCUAUAUUUAUAAUGUGUAGAUUAACAUGCUGUAAUGGACACGUGACUUUUGAAGAGUGCUGCUGUUACUGUAAAGUCAACCUGUUUUUGUUUUUUUAAAUACAGUGUAAAACACACCUGUGGAAGAUAGUUGGCAAAAAAAGACCACAUAAAUAAAACUUGGGUUGUAUUACGAGUUUGAAGGC